ACUUGGCAACCGAAAAACGCUUUCUAGACCCGAGGGCUGAAUGCCUCUCUCUACUCGAGUAUGAUCAAGUAUCGCAGCAGGCAUAAUAUUUGCACGAACAGGAAACGCCGAGUGUCUUGCCCUUAGCAUGCUCAAAUCCAAAGUGCUAGGCAGCAUGGGAUACCAUAGAAUCCACCCGUUAUGAUAGCUUAUGCAUUUACUACUACCAAACCUCAACAGUAUGACUGAUCCCCCUGAGAAUGAAACAACCACACACCAGUAACUUAACUUAAUGCCGUAUCGCAUCGACGGUUAGCCUUACCAUAGGAGCAGCCAUGGUGACACUGUUCAUCCAGAUAUUGCUGCGAGGGGAUGCUUUACGCGGCCAGCUUAAGAAACCAGUUCCAUACGACACGCCGAGGAGGAGCCCUAGAAAAAUCCGAUUGCUGCACUCUCAGAUGGCUAUAUAAGCCCCCCCGUUGUUCCGCCUUUUCGGAAUCAAUCAGCGGAACAAAAACUCCAGACUAUACACCAAGCAAGAUUCUAAACUUUUGACACUUUAAAACUACAAUAUUCCCCAAUCCCAAAGCACAAUGACCGAACAAAUCCCCAACCAGUACAUCAUCGUCUUCAAGCCCGAGGUCCCCAAGGCCAGAUGUCAGGAGCAUUGCCAAUGGGCAACCGAGCUUCAUGUCCAAAGAAUCGGUGCGCUCUCAGCCGACAGCGAGGAGCCCGAGACUUCCGGCGUUUUACACCAUUACAGCUUCCCGACCUGGAAUGGCUAUGCCGGGAGUUUUGACGAGGUUGCCAAGAAUGAGAUUGAAAGCAGAGAAGAGGUCGACUUCAUCGAGCCCGACUACAAAGUCUAUACCAAAGCCCUCAUCACACAAAAGAACGCCCCUUCAUGGGGCCUCGCCCGCACCUCACACAACGAGAGACUCACCCCCGAUACCAGGACUACAUACACCUACGACAGCUCCGCUGGCGAGGGAACAAGGGCCUACAUCAUUGAUACCGGCAUCCUGGCCGAGCACGAGGACUUUGGCGGACGUGCGACCUUUGGAUAUAACGCUGUCCCUGGCUCCGCGAACACCGAUAAGAAUGGUCAUGGAACACACGUUGCCGCCACCAUUGGCGGGACUAAAUUUGGUAUUGCAAAGAAGACCAGGCUCAUUGGAGUCAAGGUCCUGGGGGAUAGCGGACAAGGGACUAACUCCGGUGUCAUCGCUGGGCUUCAGUGGGCUGUCGAACACGCGGAGAAUGAUGGUGCUAUCAACAAAUCUGUCGCAAACAUGUCACUAGGAGGUGCAGCCUCUCGAGCAAUGAACGCUGCUGCCGCAGCCGCAGUCCGCAUGGGCAUGACCCUUUGUGCAGCUGCCGGAAACGAGGAUCAACUCGCCGACAGUAGCUCACCAGCUUCUGAGCCCACCGUUAUCACCGUCGGAGCCAUCAAUGAACAGGACGCCAUGACUGACUUUUCAAAUUAUGGCAAACUCGUCGACAUCCUUGCACCUGGAAUGAAUAUCACAAGCGCCUGGAUCGACACCCCCGGCGGUAAAGGCUUAAACAAAACCCUUACCAUUAACGGCACUUCCAUGGCAACGCCCCAUGUCACCGGUCUCGCAGCCUACCUAAUCGCUAAAGAAGGUCUAAAGGGCUCCACCGCCGUGACUAGAAGGAUAAAAGCCCUUGCAGCCAAGAACUCCAAUGAUGUGGGCAACCUAAAAGCUGGCACUCCGAAGCUCAUCGCUUAUAACGGGGCUGCCAGCGCCGAGUAAUUAGCCUUGCUUCUCUCCCUCAUACUUCACUUUCUUUCGGUUAUUGAUGCCUUAUGGUUUUGGGGGGGAAGGGGAAGUGAUGAUUGAAUAGGUUUUGGAUCUUUUCACUAUGCGGAUGUUGAGCAUAGGGGGUCAACCGGCUCGGCGGAUGAAUGAAUAAAUCAAUGGAUGGGUGGGUGGAGCCAUGGAUGGGAAUUCUAUAAGACGUAUGAAUACAACAAAUAUUCCAGAA